AACAGGGGGCAACUAGCCUCAGCAGUUAGCAGUGGGAUCGAACCGCCAAAAGCAAAAGCCCUAGCCCCACAUAGCCGGAGCGAGUGAGCGUAACGCUCAAUUCUCGCUCUGGCUUUUCAAUUCUUCAACUUCGGAGUGUUAGGCUAUCGACUUCGAUAGUUUGAUGCCAUGUCGAAAAGGGUUCUUUGCAAGUUCUUUGUACAUGGUGCAUGUCUGAAAGGGGAGUACUGUGAGUUCUCACAUGAUUGGAAAGACCCUCCAAAUAAUUUGCAGGUAUGCACAUACUACCAAAAAGGACUAUGUGCCUAUGGGAGCAGGUGUAGAUACGAACAUGUUAAAGUUUCUCAACCGCAUUCAUCUCCAUCUUCGUCAGCUCCAGCUCAACAUCUGCUCUCAGAUCCUUCUCCCACCACCUUAUCUCCUGGAAUGCUAGCAGAUGGUGCAGGACUUUCUGCUGAGUAUUUGACUUCAGGCAGACCUUUUUACCCUCCCAACCAAGCUGCUAGGAGUGAAAAUUCAGAGCAUCAUCAUGUGGAAGAGAUUGAAAACUUUGUUGAGUUGAAGAGAAUUAAUCCAGCUAAUCAAUCAAUUUGCUCUCUUGCUGCUGCUGGUAAUUGUCCACGGGGAGAAAAAUGUACAUACAUUCAUGGAGAUUUAUGUCCAAUCUGUGCGAAGCAUUGCUUGCAUCCUUUCAGGCCUCAAGAAAGAGAGGAGCAUAUGAAAACAUGUGAGAAGAGGCAAAAGCACCUUGAUUUAUUGAAGCAUAGUCAAGAAAUAGAGUGUUGUGUGUGUCUUGAACGUGUACUCUCCAAGACAACUGCAGCAGAGCGGAAGUUUGGGAUCCUUUCUGAGUGUGAUCAUCCAUUUUGUAUAUCGUGUAUCAGGAAUUGGCGCAGUGGUUCUCCUUCCUCUGGGAUUGAUAUCAACUCUACAUUUAGGACCUGUCCGGUAUGCCGGAAGCUUUCAUAUUUUGUCAUUCCAAGUGUCAUUUGGUACUCCACAAAAGAAGAAAAGCAAGAUAUCCUUGACAGCUACAAAGCCAAACUCAGGUCUAUUGACUGCAAGCACUUUGACUUUGGCAAUGGGACUUGCCCAUUUGGAGCUAGUUGUUUCUACAAGAGAUGGCACGCCUUUGAACCUUGAUGCCUACACUGAAGCGCCAUACUAGGCGAGGCAAGCGCACAACAUUGCUGAUAGCCCACUUUCAGUACACAAAUGAUGUUUGGAUGACUUGAGUCCUUAUUAAUGAUAAAUCCGUCGAGGAAAGAUUAAGAGAAUAUAUUUGCAGCACAGUGAAGUGCCACUUUAAGUACACGAAUGGGGCUAAACUUGGAGGGAAUAUAUUUUCGUUUGGUUCUAUUUAUCCUGAAACUCAAAUUAUAUAUAGUGUAUCUCUUGUAAUCAAGUUUCUCUUUGACUCAUUCACUUAUCUUGUCACUUGACAGAACCAUGAAACCUCAUCCUGUGAACUGUUGGUUGGCUCAUCCAUUGUCAGAAUAAACAAGUAAAGGCUCAAGGGAGAUCUAGAUUAUGAAUGCACGGAUGGAGAAACUCUCUCUGUCCCUUCACGUUGUUCUUACAUUUAUGGCCACUGCAUUAUGGCAUCAAUACCGUGAUGGCCGUCUGGAGGAAGUGGUACUGCGUCAUCUUGGUUCUGAAGAUGGAAGCACAGUGGUUGCUAAAAAUAUUA